AUGGAGCCUGGGAAACUCUUGGAUGCCCCAUCAGACGCAAGCAGCAUUCCAAAAAACCACCAAAAAACACACGAAUGCUCAGAGUAUGGUAAAUCCUUUGCUGGCCGGUCCCUCCUUUUGACCCACAGGAAGAUCCAUUUCGGAAGUGGGUCCAGUCAAGGUUUGGAGUGUGAGAAAGCCUUCCUUGGAAAAAACUCCAAAGAUCUCGGUAGCCCCUCCAGACUAAAACCCUAUAAAUGUGAUGAAUGCGAGUUAUGCUUUGGUCGAUCGUCAUACCUUCUUACCCAUCAGAAAAUCCACACUGGAGAGAAACCUUAUCAAUGUCUGGAAUGUGGGACGUUUUUCCGUGAAAAAGCCACUCUCAUAAAGCAUGAGAGGACUCACACAGGGGAGAAACCUUACAAGUGUUCGGAAUGUGGAAAGAGCUUUUCUCAUAAGGCAAAUCUUGGUGUCCAUGAGCUGAUUCAUGCAGGAAUCAAACCUCACAAAUGCUUGGAGUGUGGAAAAUGUUUCACACAGAUUUCAUCUCUUCGGAGUCAUGAGAAAACACACAAAGGAGAGAAAAACGAAAAGUGCCUCGAAUGCGGGAAAUGUUUUAUCUUGAAAUCAAACCUGCUGAAACAUCAGAGACUCCACACCGGAAUGAGACCCUAUGAAUGCUCAGAAUGUGAGAAACGAUUCCUAACUUCUUCUGAUCUUCGGAAACACCAAAUAGGGCACAAAGACGAGAAACCAUAUAAAUGUGGGGAGUGUGGGAAAGGUUUUCUUGAACGAAGGAAGCUUGAGAGUCAUGAGAGAAUCCAUACAGGGGAGAAGCCAUUCAAAUGUGUGAAGUGUGGGAUGUGCUUUCCCGAUAAAUACAACCUUGCCAGGCAUCAGAGUGUCCAUACAGGAGAGAAGCCAUACAGAUGCGGAGAAUGUGGAAAAUGUUUUGCUCAAAAGGGAUACCUUUGGGUACAUUAUAAAACCCACACAGGGGAAAAGCCCUUUCAGUGCAAUGAGUGUGGACAAUUUUAUCGUUCCCUAACAACCCUUAAAAAACAUGCAAAACUUCACAUGGGGAACAAAAUUUCGAAUGUUUAG